AAAGGCGGCGGCGCGCGGCCGCCCAGGACUUAGCUUUCCGGCCUCGCGUGACCCUUGCUGCGUCGGUCUCCGCUGUCCCCGCCGGCCUCCCUCCCGACCCGCGCCCGCGAUGCUGGCGCUGCGCUGCGGCCCCCGCCUGCUCGGCCUGCUCCCGGGCCCGCGCUCCGCCCCGCUGCGCCUCUCUGCGGCCCGCGCCUGCAGCGGCGGCGGCGCCCGCAACCCGUCCUCUUCCUCCGCCGAGAACCCGCUCGUGUACCUGGACGUGGGCGCCGACGGGCAGCCUCUCGGCCGCGUGGUGCUGGAGCUGAAGGCAGACGUUGUCCCAAAGACAGCUGAGAACUUCAGAGCCCUGUGCACCGGGGAGAAGGGAUUCGGCUACAAAGGUUCCACCUUCCACAGAGUGAUCCCCUCCUUCAUGUGCCAGGCAGGCGACUUCACCAACCACAACGGCACGGGGGGCAAGUCCAUCUAUGGAAGCCGCUUUCCUGAUGAGAACUUCACACUGAAGCACGUGGGACCAGGUGUCCUGUCCAUGGCUAACGCAGGCCCCAACACCAACGGCUCCCAGUUCUUCAUUUGCACCGUAAAGACAGACUGGCUGGACGGCAAGCACGUCGUGUUCGGCCACGUCAAAGAAGGCAUGGAUGUCGUGAAGAAAAUAGAAUCUUUCGGCUCUAAGAAUGGGAAGACAUCCAAGAAGAUUGUCAUCACCGACUGUGGCCAGUUGAGCUAACCUGCAACCGGGGUGCUAGGACGGGGGCAGCCGCACGUGUGUUCACUCACCCAGGUGGCCACCUCGGGCUCUUAGCAAAGGUGCCCCGAAGUGUUGCCUGCACUUCCUUCACCAUCACUGUGUGCUGCCCAGGGAUAUCCGGCCUCUGCUGGGAGGGACCCACCAGACCGCUUCUCACAGGUCCACCCUUCCUCGUGACCCCGUCUCUGGCAUCCGCUGUGGACGUGGUGUCACCCACCCUUCAAGCAUUGCCUGUGAUCACCCAGUUCAUCUGUGCCUUGGACGUUGGUGGCGGGGAUGACUUAGCGUCCAGUGAAGGUUUCUGCCUUUUUCUGGGCCAAGGGGGACAGCCAGUUGCUGCAGACAGGCUAUGAUACCUGUUUAAUGUCGUCUUCCUAAUUGCAGUAAGUUAAUUAACAAGAUUGACUAGAAACGAAGCUGUGACAGUAACUACACCCAGAACCCCAGAGCUUGCCUUUUGAAACACAACUCAGGGCUUUUGUGAAUUUUCCCACGGCCGAGGCCUUCCCUCCGGGUUACUGUGAAUCCUGUUGGUUUGCUGCGGUGGUUUUGGGGAGGGUCCGUGGGGGUAGAAGCAGUUGAACCUGGGAACAAACCCAACUUGAGCUGUGCCUAGUCAAUGUGAAUUCCCGUGUUGGAAACAGUGGCCUGUAAGCGCCGUGUGUUCUGGAAGAAAAGAUUUCCUGGCGGGCUUUGAUUUUUCUGUGUGUUAAAUAAAUUAAAUCUACUGAUGAUGUAUAUGAAACAUUUCUGGAACAUCUAUUUGUGGUCACCAUAAAUGUGUUAAUAAAUCCUAUUUUCUAUGAAA